AUGGACGACGCGACGAAGCGGGGCUACGGCAUGAUGAUGCUGGAGCAGGGGCUGCCCAAGUCCCACUUCUACGCGUCGGCCAUCGCGCGCCUGAAGCGGGACGUGGCGCGCGACGUCGGCCCGCCGGUGAAGCCCCACCUGCCCUUCGGCGUCCUCGGCAGCGGCCGCGACCGCGUGCCCUCGACGGACCUCGCGGCCAUCACGGCGAAGCUCGACCGGCUCCACGCGAACCUCGAGGCCUUCCGCGGCGAGCGGGCCGCCGAUUUGGAGCCGCGCGGCGACGGCCGGGACCCCGCGACCGUCGCGCUCUACGAGCGGCUCCUGGGCUGCCUCGACGGGCCCCAGGGCCUGGGCGGGCGCUUCGAGAGCCUCCGGGGCGAGCUCGCGAAGGACCGCGCGGCGACGGACGCGGCGACGGCGGCGAUGGACGGCUUCGCCGCGGAGACGCGCGCCUCUCUCAAAACCGUCGCCGAGCGGGCGUCCAGGGUCGAGGCGGACGUCGGCGCGCUACGAACGUCCGUGGCGGCGACGACCACGGACGUGGCGUUAUUGACGCCCAAGGUCGACGCCGUCCUGGCCAAGGUCGAGCGCAUGGACGACGACUUCAGGAAGCGCUUCGACGCCGUCGAGGCGGCCGCGGCCGCGGAUCCCCGGGCGCCCGCCGGCGACGUGCAGUCGCAGCUCGACGCCCUGGCCGCCGAGGUCGCCGGGCUCAAGGGCACGCUCGAGGGCGUCGCGCUGUCGCCGUCUGCCGGGCGCCGGUCCGCGCGAAACGCCGAGGCCGCGGUGAACAGCGUCGAGGCGGGCUUCGAGGCGCUCCUCGCGCGCCUCGGCCCCGACGACGGCCUGCGCGUCCCCGUCGACGACCUCCACGCGUCCUUCGAGGCCCUGCGGCGGUCGCUCUUCGUCGACGGCCCGGACUCGCCGCCCGUCGCGAGCGACGCGCUCCGCGGCGACGUCGCGUCGCUCCACGACUCCAUGCGGGACCUGUCGGCGUCGCUGGCGCGGGCGAGUUCGGCGAGCGAGACGCUGAGUGCGCUGCAGGCGCUCCACGACGAGUUCCGGACGGACCGGCGGCGGCGGGACGCGGACCGGGACGAGGUCCGCGCGUCGCUCGCGGAUUUAAGGCGGUCCCUCGACGCGACGCCGCCGCCGAAGCAGCGGCCGCCGCGCCUCGAGCCCACGGGCCACGUCGCCGCCCUCGCCGCGGACCUCGAGGCGCGCGCGAACCGGACCUUCGCGGAGGAGGAGGGGCCGGAGACGCCGCGGUCGCCCGCGGGCGACGACUUCGUCGCGCCGCCGAAGCGGAGCGUCGCGUCGCCGACGCAGCCGCCGCCGUCGGCGCGCCGGUCCAAGGUCGGCGCCUUCGUGGCGUCCUUCGCCGGCGCGUCCGCGGCGUCGAGCGCGGCGACGGAGAGCCGGAACCACGACUCGCCGCGGCCGGACGGCGCGUCGUCGCGCCUCUCGGACUUCCUGGCGUCGUUCCCCGACGCCGCGACGCCGGCCGCGUCGCUCGAGGUCGCCGACGACGGCGUGGCGGCGGCGGCGGACGCUGGAAGGGUCGCGGCCGAGCGCGUCGAGGCGGAGCGCUUGGAAGCCGAGCGCGUCGAGGCCGAGCGCGUCGAAGCCGAGCGCGUCGAGGCCGAGCGCGUCGAGGCCGCGCGCGUCGAGGCCGCGCGCGUCGAGGCCGAGCGCGUCGAGGCCGAGCGCUUGGAAGCCGAGCGCGUCGAGGCCGAGCGCGUCGAGGCCGAGCGCGUGGAAGCCGAGCGCGUCGAGGCGGAGGCCGCCGCCAAGGCGGAGACCGAGCGCGUCGAGGCCGCGCGCGUCGAGGCCGAGCGCGUCGAAGCCGAGCGCCUCGAAACCGAGCGCCUCGAGGCCGAUUGCCUUGAAACCGCACGCCUCGAAGCCGAGCGCGUCGAGGCCGAGCGGAUCGAGGCCGAGGCAGCCGCAAAGGCAGAGGCCGAGCGUCUGGAAGCGGAGGCCGAGGCCGCCGCGGAGAAGGCGGAGGCCGAGCGCCUCGAAGCCGCGGCCGCUGCAGAGGCCAAGGCUGCGGAGGAGGCCAAGGCCGAGGCCGAGCGCCUGGAAGCGGAGGCAAAGGCCACCGCGGACGCGAAGGCGGAAGCCGAGCGCCUCGAAGCCGCGGCCGCUGAGGAGGCCAAGGCUGCGGAGGAGGCCAAGGCCGAGGCCGAGCGCCUGGAAGCGGAGGCCAAGACCGCCGCGGACGCGAAGGCGGAAGCCGAGCGCCUCGAAGCCGUGGCCGCUGAGGAGGCCAAGGCCGCGGAGGAGGCCAAGGCCGAGGCCGAGCGCCUGGAAGCGGAGGCCAAGGCCGCCGCGGACGCGAAGGCGGAAGCCGAGCGCCUCGAAGCCGCGGCCGCUGCAGAGGCCAAGGCUGCGGAGGAGGCCAAGGCCGAGGCCGAGCGCCUGGAAGCGGAGGCCAAGGCCGCCGCGGACGCGAAGGCGGAAGCCGAGCGCCUCGAAGCCGCGGCCGCUGCGGAGGCCAAGGCUGCUGCGGAGGCCAAGGCCGCUGAGGAGGCCAAGGCUGCCGAGGAGGCCGAGGCCGCGCGCCUGGAAGCGGAGGCCAAGGCCGCCGCGGACGCGAAGGCGGAAGCCGAGCGCCUCGAAGCCGCGGCCGCUGCGGAGGCCAAGGCCGUUGAGGAGGCCGAGGCCGCGCGCCUGGAAGCGGAGGCCAAGGCCGCCGCGGACGCGAAGGCCGCCGCGGAGGCCGAGGCCGCGGCUAAGGCCGAGGCCGCCGCGACCGCCGAGGCCGCGCGCCUCGCAGCGGAAACCGACGCCGCCGCCGCGGCCGGGGCGGCGUCCGCGGCCCGGGCGGCGCUCGACGCGGCGCAGCACGAGCGGGACCUCGCGGAGCUCGCGGAAAACCACGAGGCGUCGCUCGCCGCCGCCGCCGCCGCCGCGGACGACGAGGACGAGGACGCCCUCGAGGCGCCGGACGUCGUGAGCUCCGUGGACUUUGCCGCCGCGGUCUUCGACCGGCGGCCUUCGUCCGCGGCGACCGAUAAAGGCAUCGCGUCGGUGGACGUGGUCAACGUCGCGAGCCUCGAAGCGACCAAGAGCGACGAGACGGACUUCGGCGGCGCCAUCCGCGCCGCGGCGGCGAGCCGCGCGAAGCGGGCGACGCCCCUCUGGAUGCGGGACACGCCCAAAAAAGACGAGUCGCCGAGCGGGAGCUCGACGGCGGGAGCGCCGGACUGGAUGCGCGACAGCCCCGCGGGCGGCGCGGCGCCGGCGCCCUGGGCCGACGGCGCCGACGGCUCGUCGGCGUCGGAGCCGCCAAACGACAAGGACUCGUCCGCGUCGGGGCCCAGCGCGGACGGCGGCGGCAGCCUGCUCUCGGACUCGCGCGGCGCGGACGGCGACGGGCCCGAGGAGGUGCCCAGCGAGGUCGACAGCAAGCUCAGCGACUUCGACGACGACGACCUCGCGGGCCUCGGGCUCCAGACCGACUCCUCGGACGGCGGCGACGGGGGCGCGGCGCCUCGCCGGCGCCGCGCCGGCGGCCUCGCGCGCGCGCUCGUCGUCACGAUCCUCGCGCAGGCGGCCGUGACGUCGCGCGCGCGCCCGAUCCCGCCGCCGCGCGUCGUCGACCGCUACGGCCGCACCUGGGACACGAUCUGGGAUCCGCAGAGCCAGCGGCCCUACUACGUCGACGCCGCGAGCGGCCAGACGGCCUGGGCCCUCGAGGCGCCGCCGCAGAAGGCGCCCGAGCCCGAGCCGCCGGCGCCCGAGCCGGCGCCCGAGCCCGAGCCCGAGCCCGAGGUCGCCGAGGCGCCCGCGCCGAAGAAGAAGACGGACUGGCGCGGCGCGGAGCGCGCGGCGGCGCCGAAGACGUCCAUCGACGCGGCGCCGUCGGACGAGAAGGCCGUCGCGCCGGCGAAGAAGCGGUCGCUGCUCGCGCGGCUCUUGGGCAAGGGCCGGGCGGAGACGCCCCUCGCGCCGGCGAACGCGACGGAGGCGGCGAAGCCGAAGCGGUCCUGGUUUGGGUGGCUCGCGCGCCGGCUCUGGCCCGAGUCCAAGCCCGCGCCCGCGCCCGCGCCCAAGUCGGGCGACUUGGCUCCCGCGCCGAAGUCGGGCGGCUUCUUCGGCUUCUUCGCCAAGGCGCCGGAGACGCAGGACAAGGCGGAGGCGAAGCCGAAAAAGGAGAAGAAGCCGGAGAAGAAGCCGGCGAAGGAGAAGCGGCCCAAAGCGGCCGAAGCCGCGCGGCCGCCCGAGGCCGACGCGGCGCCGCCGCCCGCGGCGAAGCCCCCGCCGAAGAAGCGCAAGGGCCCGACGGCGCUCAAGCAGGGCGGCGGCGCGAAGAAGGGCGACGACGCGCUGGCCGCCGCCGUCAAGGCCGCGGAGCAGGCCGCGGCCGCCGCGGAGCGCCGGGCCGACGCGCGCGAGGAGGCCUUGGCGGCGCUCGAGAAGAAGCACGAGGCCGAGCUCGAGGAGGCGUCGGAGGACGCGGCGGCGGAGCUCGCGUCGUUGCGGACGACCUACGCCGACGCCGCCGACGAGCUCGACGCCGCCAGGGCGCGGCUCGCGGACGCGGCGGAGGAAUCCGAGGCGCGCCUCGCGUCGUCCGUCGCCGAGGCCAAGGCGCUCGCGCUGGCCGAGGCCGAGGCGGCGCUGUCCGCCGCGUCCGCCGCGCGCACGGCGAAGCUCGAGGGCGCCGUCGCCACGCUCCGCCGCGUCCUCGUCGGCACGCUCACGGUCGCGGGCGGCGCCGUCGCCGUCGCCGCCGCGCUCGCGCUGCGGCCGAACAACUCCUCGGACCAACCCCCGGGGGCGCUGCAGACGCAGCGGCGGCAGUCGGCCUGCGUCUGCGUCCAGUCCUCCGUGCAGCUCCGGUGGAUCUUGACGCCGUGGAACGCGGGGCCGCAGACGAGGACCACGUCCGCGUCGAGGGCGAAGAGGCAGAUGGGGCACUCGUCGACGUCGUCCUCGAGCCGCGGCGCGCCGCCGUCGUCGGCGGGCGCGUCGACGACGCGGCGGCGCCGCUUCGUCGCGAACGCCUCCGCGUGCAUCGCGUCGAGCGCCGCCGCGGCCUUGAGCUGCGCGUCGAUGGUCGGCUGGCCCGUGGCGGCCAUGGACGGGCGGCAGAUGGGCCGCUUCUUCGCGUUCGGGAGCCGCGGCUCGCCGGCGGCGUCGACGUCGCCCGCGUCCGGCGGCGCGUCGGGCGGCGCGGGCGGCGCCGACGCGGCGGGCAGGGAGCGGCCGGGGCAGCUGCGGUUGCCGCGGCGCGUCGGGACCACGGCGGGCGCCGCGGGCUUCUUCGCCGGCGGCUUCUUCGCCGGCGGCGGCGGCGGCGGCGGCGGCGGCCGCGCCUUCUUCUUCUUCUGCGCCGGCGCGGCGCCGUUGCCCGCGAACUUGCAGGACUUGCCGUGCUGCACGGCCGCGGGCGCGUGCGCGAAGUGCGGCACGACGACGCUGAGCGCCUGGUUCGCCCAGCACCCGCGGGUCCUCGCGCCCCGCGUCAAGGAGCCCUUCUUCUUCGGCAAGACGGAAACGGCCCAGCGGCGCGACAUGCCGGACUACUUCCGCGACCUCCGCCUCGAGUCGUGGUGGAACGACUCGUCGCGCGCGACCUUCGACGGUACGGCGUCCUACCUCGUCGACAAGGACCCGCACACGCUCUCUAGCCUCCGCGCCGCGAACCCCGCGAUCAAGCUCGUCGUCGUCUUCCGCGAGCCCGUCACAGGGCAGGAAAAGAGUGCGAAAUUCCCAACUUCAAAGGCUCCUCUCUCGGCCGUUUUCCACUCGCCCGUCACGCGCGCGGUCAGCUACCUCCAGCACGCGGCCGCGAACGUGCUCAAGCGCGAGCGCCACGGCCGCGCGCCGGACGCCAAGUACCCGACGUGCCUCCUGGGGGGGUCCCUCGAUGUUUGUGCUCAAAACGGCGCCCUGGCGGCGCACCUCGAGAGGUACGGCGCCGCGGCGCGGCGCGCGCUCGCCGUCUUCGACCGGCGCCAGUUCUACUUCGCGACCAUGGAGGCGCUCAUCGCGGCGCCGGCCGCGGUCUUCGGCGACAUGCUCGGCUUCCUCGGGCUGGAGGAAGCGCCGCUCGACUUCGGCCAGUACGGCCACAGCCACUCGUCGGACCGGCCCUACAACAUGUCCGCGCGCGCCUACCGCGACCUCGUCCACGUCGCCAGCCGCGACGCCGACGACCUCGACGGCGCGACGGGCGACGCGGCGUUCACGGCGGGCUGGCGCGACCUCUGGCGCGCGCAGCGCGCGCAGUGCGACUCGCCGGCCUUCGGCCGCGCGGGCGAGUGCUACGUCUACAUGAACGUCGCGACGACGCUGUCGCGGACCGCGCUCCUCGACAUGAUGACGGCGCGACACGUCCAGCUGCGCGUGGCGCGAUAA